GUCUGCAUUCCAUGCAGCCUUCCGACCAAUAGGACCUUCCGCGUAACCAGCUCGCCCAUACACUUUUUGCACUUUCGCCUUACACCCUGCCACCGUCCGUCCUUUCGUAGCCGUCGUCGCGCGACAAGAUUUGAUACUUUUUCUCGAUUUCUGCCUCGUCGCUUUCUACAACUACGACAAUACCAUCCUCCGUCUAUCCUCAUAAUUCGCCAUAAUGCCCUAUAAUACAAGGCGCAAGUCGCUGUCCCUGGAGUCGCUAGGCAUCCACGUUCCAAACAGCUCCCGCGCCUCGAACCGCUCACCGCCCUCCUCCUUGCCGACCCCGGUCAGCGUCAGCGACGAAAAAUCACAACCACCGCCAAAGAAGGUCAAACGUUCGCAUACCAUGAGCUCGUCGGGCUCCGUCUCGUCGCCGAGUCCUCCACGCAAGUCUACCAUAAAGUUUGCCGAUGCUGCGCUCACGAGCCGCGCCGCUGAGAACACUCCGCCACCGUCUCCGGGUGGUUUGGGCCGGCAGAAUAAAAUCGACACGGAGGGUAUCAAUGAUGACAUCGUCGUCGGCGUCAUAGAACAGCUGGAAGAGACGGGCAAUCGCCCUCAUCUGCUGAAAGAGCUCGCGGCAGUGCUGUCUACAAGGCUGCAGUCUGUCGAGAGCUCUGCAAAUCCUGCUGCCAUAAUCUCUUCGCGUCUCGCAAACUACCUUCGACGGACCUGGACGGCGCUGUCGCCCUGUCCUCUCGACAAAGUUCUCGUUGGAACGCAUCCAAAGAGAGUCUACUACUUCCUUACCACUACGCCUCAUCAGGAAAUUCCUCAGCAUCCCGACUCUGGUCCUGCUGUUACCUCGCGCAUCAUCUCACCUUCACUGUCAGGUGCCACUGAUGAGGAGAUUGAGGACCGCGCUUCAAGAGCUCGUGCGCAAAUGUCGCCCUCGCCCGAGGUCGACCUGCCGGAUCUUGACUUGGGUAAUGAUGGCAUGAACACUCCAUUUUCGGAGCAUGGAUCACAUCCGCCCAUCUCAAAUAACAUGGCGCACAACCGUCGAGCUGCGAGUCCGCCGCUCGAGCGCGUUGAGCGCGAAUUCUCCGGUCUGGCCAGCACGCUGCAGCAACGAAGUAGAUGCCAGAGCGAGAGCAUGGAAGAUGUGACUAUUGAGCCUGUCGUUGAAGAUCCUGCACCAUCGAUCGAAAUCGAUGAGACCGAGGAAAGUGCCGCGCGGAAGAAUAGCGAAACCGCCGCAGUCUUGUUCGGAUCAUCCGUCGAGAGCCUCGCCCUAGCUACAGCGGCAACGGUCAUGAGCAGUCCGCUUGUCAAACCACAAAGCCUGCCCUCGGUCUUGAGCCAGAAACGGCCAUUCGAGGCCGAGGUGAAGAUGCUCGACGAGGCGAGGUGGGAUCUCUAUGAAACCAACGUCGAACUCGACGAGCUCGACGAAAUGUUUGGAGAUUACUAAAGGAAAACAAAAGUCUGUGGAAUCUGCGAGGAAACGAAAAAUGAUUACCAAUCGGUAUGCACCUAAUGCGCUUGUUUUAAGUCUUUAAUUUUGCAGCUACGUAUGUUUUUGUAUUAU